GGUCACUUUACCUUGUAGAUUUCUUCUCAACUCCAUCCUCAUCGCCGACAUCGCAGUUCCCAAUAACCAUAGUCAACCCGGCAAAUAUCAACAUGGCAGUUCCUUCUGUCGCAGCAGCGGAGAUGCUGCCUCGAUUCCUUCUUCCUCGUCUCAGCUGGGGCGCUCCGCUCUCCGUAUCAAGGGCGACCAGGCCAUUUGCCUCUAUCCCUUCUAGGGAUCAAAGGAGGUCAUUUGCAUCAAUCCAGGCUGGACCUGUUCCUAGACGUCGCUCUCCUCAAGCUGAAAGUCCUAUUAUAAAACGAGCAUUCCAUGCGACAACUAUCAGACAACGAGAUCAUCACUUCGAUACGCUCAAAUUUGUUAAGCGAUUACAGGGUGAAGGGUUCACUGAGGAGCAGUCGGCUGCGAUGAUGAAGGUGCUGAACGAUGUUAUUGAAGAGAGUAUCCAAAAUCUCACCCGAACAAUGGUACUCCGCGAAGAUGCAGCAAAAGCAACGUACACUCAAAAGGUCGACUUUGCCAAGCUGCGUUCCGAGCUUCUCUCCGCCGAUUCCACCGAAUCCAACACGACGCGUACAGCACACGAACGAUUGACAAACGACAUUGCCAAGCUCAGCAACCGACUGCGCGACGAGAUCAGCCGUACACAAGCUAGCGUGCGCCUCGACCUUAACUUAGAAAAGGGCCGUAUUAGGGAGGAGGCUGUGGGCCAGGAGCUCAAGAUCAAGGAGACGGAGACAAAGAUUGAGCAGGAGGUUGCUGCGCUGAGGGAGAAGCUCGAGCAGGUCAAGUUCCAGACACUCCAGUGGCUUAUGGGUGUGUGCACCGGUUUCGCGGCGCUGCUACUUGGUGCUUGGAGAUUGCUCAUGUAAAAUUUGGGUGCAUUGGGUGUUGGUUGGAGUCAGGCGGGUUGGGGUUGUAUAAACAGUGUCAUGGUUCACCUUAACCGAUAGAUUUUCUAGUGUCUGAAAUCAAAUUUGUGCAUAACA